AUGCUCUACAGGGUUUAAAUCCUUGGAAGCACACGUCCGUUUCGUGCAUCUGUCCGGGACGGGAGGGAGAGAAGUAGAGGCAGACAGGAAGAAAGACAAAGAAAGAAGAAAGAAGGAGAGGAAGGACGAAAGAAAGAAAGAACGAAAGAAAGACAGCGUCUGAAACAGAAAGCGCCUCAGUCAAGAAAACAGAAAGGAGCAAAUCCUUUGGAAUAAAUAACAGACCUCAUUAUUUUUUUUAAAGACGGGGAAGAAAAAAAAAAGAAGAAUUUUGCUGUUUUUUGUUUGUUUGCAUUAAUCGCAAACUCGGUUCUUAAGGAAAAAGACACAAAAAGUUAGAAUUAAAUUUCAGAACUGGGCUUUGCAAGCGGAUCGGAUCGGAGAACUAAGCCGAUUUCCUCAAGCAGUUUAGUUUUGGAUACGUUACAAUUACCGCAGAUUAUCUGGCUAUUGUUUUGCAUAGCCCUCACAGAUUUGUAUAUAUACAUAUAUUAUAUAUUAUAUAUUAUUAUUAUUAUUAUUAUUAUUAUUAUUAUUAUUUAGUUAUGACCGAUAAGACCACUGUUUUUCAUUAGCCGUUCCUGCGGAAAGUAGCCAAAUAUUUAUUAGAUUACUAGCGACACGCCUUGCUCUGUUUUUAAUUCUCUGUCAAAAAGGCUUAUUUACAAAUAAGGGAAGAACAAAAACGCAAGAUCCUGGAUUUCUAUGUUUUUUGGAGCAACCCCGAAGUUCAGUAACUCGAUCGGAGACUGCUAAUCACUGCAAUGGAUUCGAGGAGGGUCGCAUUAACUUGCUGUUUCCUGAUUCUCGCAAAGGUUGCCGCAGCAGACACCUGCGAGACUAACCGCUUCACGGAGGAUGGCGAGUGCUGUGACCUUUGCCCCUUAGGAUUUGGGGUCACUGUUGAAUGUGGCAAAACCAACACCCAGUGCAAAGCCUGCCAGGAGGGUUUGACAUUCUCCACGCUCCCCGGCACCCCCUGCAGCCCGUGCUCGCUCUGCCCCCAGGGUAUCCAGGUGACAAGUCUCUGCAUGGCCACACAGGACACACAGUGCAACUGCGGCGACGGCUUCUUCCUGAAUGUGGUGAAUGGCUCUGACCCUCUGUGCGCUCCCUGCUCGUCCUGUGGGAAGGGGCUCGGUGUGGAGUGGGAGUGUGGGCCUCGCUGGGACACUAAGUGCAAGGCCUGCCCAGCAGGAACCUACUCCGAGGAGAACAGCCAGACUGAGACCUGCCUCAACUGCACAACCUGUCAGGAGAGCGAGGUGCAGAUCCGCGAGUGCACCGCCAACUCUGACACACUCUGCAUGGACAAGAAACUGAUGAUCUUGCAGAGACAGGGCACUGCCACUCCAAAGGACUCAUCUCGCCGUGGGGAUCCCAUGGAGUCUGAGACCAGCACCUACCCCAGCUCCCCAGACUUCAUCCCUCAGGAGGACAGCGGCAAGAACAUCAUUCCAGUGUACUGCUCCAUCCUGGCAGCCAUCGUCAUUGGCCUGCUCAUCUACGUUGCCUACAAGUGCUGGACCUCAUGCAAGCAGAAACAGCAGCUGGCGAAAGCGCGUGCCAGCGAGCUUAGCUGCUCCCCCGAAGGAGAAAAACUGCACAGCGACAGCGGGGUCUUCCUGGAUACACACAGCCUGCAGGAGACACAGCAGCUCAAAGGCAAUAAACUGGAGAGCCGUCUAUACCUCAACGUUGCCCCCCAGAGGCAGGAAGAGAUUGAGCAGCUGCUGCAGGACACCAGCAGUGGGAAGGGCUGGCGCCAGCUGGCUGCUCAGCUGGGGUAUGAGCAGGAUCGCGUGGACAUCUUCGGGCGGGGCGAGGACCCUGUGCACACCCUGCUCUCUGAUUGGUCGGCUCAAGAGGGCACCACCGUGUCGGCACUGUACGCUGCGCUUAGCCGCAUUGAGAGGAGUGAUGUGGCUGCAGCUCUAAGCAGACCGGCUGAGGCCAGCUCUGUGGUGUGACCUGAGAAAGAGAGAGAGAGAGAGGACUGCAGGGGAGCGGGGGAGCAGGAGGGCUGGAGGGAGGGAGGGAGAGAGAGGUUAACAUAUGCAUAUCUCCCAGAGAGAAAUCCAAAUGACUAGAAGUCUGAAGCGUUAGAAAUCUAAGAAGUGAAACAGCUUCAAUCUUGAAAAACUGAAAGGCGGGGCACGCCCUUUUGAAGUGACAAGCCAAACAUCUGAUGAGGCUGCUGGCAGAAGAUGAUUGCCAAGUGAAAGCAGCAGAUCUGAAAUCUGCAGAUGGACCAAACUUCACAAGGAAUGAAGCAUUCACUUACUUUCCAGUCCAAUUUUCCCAUUGCCCUGUAUGUAACAGACUAUUCUUAGUGCUAUUGCCAGGUAAUCCUCAUUAAAACCACCAAACCCUAUUGAUGCCCAGAAAGAGAAGAGAUAACCGUCAAGAACUGGCCCUGGAACCUGGAACCAGAAUCUGAAGGACAGACAUGGAGAAGUCUAAGGUGGUCAGACAACAAAGUGGCAAUAUACUGGGACUGUAGCCCUGUGGGUUUUGGUUGGGCAGUCAGAAGUACAAGACACAAGGAAUGCUAAAUGUAUUUUCAUUGCAUUAGAUGUGUAAAACAUUUUGAGUGUAUAUUCCCUUCAAAGUCCAUGCCCCAGUUCAGCAUGUGUGCUACGUGAAAAAUUCCAUUAGAUGUUAAUGUAAAUUUAAAAAAAAAUGUUAAAGGGGAAAAAAAAGAAUGGGUAGAAAUGAUUUUGUUGUUUUGUGUUUUUGCAUAACCCAGAUUAUGAAUAUAGUACAUAACAAAUAUAAAUUCUAAUGAAUGGGAAUAUGAUGAUCAAUACCCGGUAUUGUUCUUGCACAUACACAUUCAAACAGGAGUUAUCUGGAUUUUGGAUUUUGUUCUCUGCCUGUGCCAGCUUCAGUGCCAACUCUAUGUAAUCCCACCCCCCCAGUCACACAGAAAUGCAGUCUAAACAGGGAUUUGAAAAAGUAGGUAAUGUGCCAUUCUGUUUCCAUUGGAGAAUAUUCUUGGAUGUGUUCGUCUGGUAUAUUAUAAGUUUAGUUCAUAUUGAACAAAAUGGAAACUUGUUUCGAGACAGUGUGGCCCAGGGGUUAGAGCUGGGGACUAGGGGCCUUUGGGUGCCUUGGUUUGAAUCCUGGCUCAGACACUGCUUGAUAUGUGUGUGAUUUAGUGCCUCUUGUCGGAGUAUCUCUGGAUCCAAACUGCAGUCUGCUGGAAAGAGAGCUGUUGUUGUGAAUUAUAAAUAUGUUUACAUGUUUCAAACCUCAGGUGUUAAGAUGCUCUAUGAAUUAUGUGUGCUUACUUUCCUCAAGAGAAUGGGUUAGAUUUGCAAACGUAUUUACUCCAAAUUGUCAUUAACUACAUUUUUUUUUUUUUUUUAGAAAUAAAUGCACCAAACUAGGAAAACACUAUUCAGAGCGUUUAGGGGUGUCAUCAGGUGUUGCUAAUUUGUAUUAAAAUUGUAAGUGCGCUAAAAAGGAAUUGUUUGACCGUUUGGAGUAAAAAUAUUUGAGAAUCAAGCCCAGUGUUUUAGAAUACUUUAUGUGAUACAACCUAAAAGUCAGACUGACUCCUUGCAUUGUAACCAGUUCUAGUACCGUGGGCAUACCAUACCAACUUGCAAGGAGCGCUACCCACAGUGGGUGCACUGUUCAUUUCAAGAAACCCCUGAGCUAUUUCUAAUGUAAGCCAUAUACACACAGAAGCCUCUGAACGCCUAGACAGGAGUGUGCCGAUCAGGGUUCGAUGCCCGACCACAGACCUCUGCACACCACUCCCCCGGUUCUAGCUUUCUUUUUAUAUAUUUUUGGUUCUUUCCAUUCAUUCAUUCCUUUUCUUUUUUAUUUCUUACACUAGUUGCUAUUUUCAAAUUAUUAUGAUAUAUUUUUUUGUGAAUGUGUCUGAACAUGUUAAGGUCUUUUUAUGGUUAAUUUCGUGUUUAAAUAAAUAUACAAUUGGGAAUUGAAGUCUUAAGUUGAAUUUUAUUUUUGUUUGGGAUGGAUCUCCCAAAUCUGAAGUGGGAUGUGAAACCAUGUCAACAUGUUCUGUUGCUGUUGUAAGAUGACCUCUUGAUAUGUUAUCGGAGAUUGGUGGGUUUUGUUGCAGUUUGUAUAUCCUUGUGGUUUGUAGAGAUACUUAGGACCAAGGGAUUACAAACCAUCUUUCAGGCAAUUGGCUUCACUAACCAUUGGCCUGUCAUUUCCUCAGUUGUCUGCUCUGAAGUGGUUUUAGAUUUAGAUUUUAAUGAUCAGGAAUGGGGUUUAUUAUAACUUAUGUUUUAAAGGAUUCGCUUCCAAGUACUUUGUGUGUUACUAUAAAAGUAGUGAGGAGAAGUGGAAGGGAUGGCCGUAGCUGACACAGCUGAAAAAUGAAAUAUUUACUAUAGCAGGGUGUCAGACAGAAAUUAACUUGAAUCCAAUGUAGGCUCUAAGUUGAUGAAAGAUUGCUGUCACAUUAAAAAUAAUGGAUGAAAGUUUUAAAAAUGACCGUAAAAUGGAAAGGUAGUUCCAUUAACAGUAACUGUUUUGGCUGUCACCUGUAGACUUCUUGGAAACCCUUAUCACUUUUUUGUUUUUUGUCUAAUCAAUGUAAUUAUUAUAAGCAUGAAAAAGGGUCUUGCCUGGUCCCCAUAUGGUGCUUCAACCCUUCAUUUAAUCCAAUCAAAGUGCACAUUAAAAUAUUAUAGUAGGCAGUGCAGUUGUUUUUAUUGAAUGAGAGCAUGUCUUGUGUCUGUUUUCUGGUGAUGCUGCUGCUGGACAGAUUGGGUGUAGUCGCACUGCGGUACCCUUUGUAUAAGGACAUGAUGGAAAGUGGCUGGGACUUCAAAGAAGCAGCUGUUUGUUUGACCGUCACAAGCAUAUGCAAAGAUUCCAUCGAGGGCAGGCAGCAUUAGCUCUGCUCACUUUCCAUGCUGUAACAGGGGAUGGUAAUCAAGCUAGCAAUCUUACAAAUCUAUUCACAACUUCUAACUAACAACCUUAAAUUAAAGGGUAUGUAACUUCAAAUGAAAUUUUCAUUUUUAUACUGUUUUGUGAACCUUUAUGAGUGGUCCUUACUGCAAUUACUCAGAUACUUUGUCUCAGUGAAGGUGUGUUGACUAUUUAAGUUCUGGAGCUACUCUUCAGUUCUAAUUGCUUACCACAGACACAUGGGUCAUUCCGUGACCAAUCACCCAGCAGCUAACACCCUGCCAUCUCUGAUUUACACCAAACUCAGUGCUCAGGCCUGUUUCAAAAACACAUUAUUGCAUUUUUAGACUGAUCCGGUCAAGGGGUCAAAAGUUAUAGUGAGGUCAAACGGUAUAAAAAAAAAAAAAAAAAACACAUUUGAAAGACAACCAAGGAAAGUUACACAUUAACAAGUUUUUGACCUUUGACCUUUGACCUUGAGGUGAAACCCCAAAAAUAUGAAUCUAAAAAAAAAUGCCAUGGGAAACAUCCAGGUCUCUGCUUAUCUACAAAAUUUCAGGGGGGUAAUACUUUUGGUUUGCUGUGAAAACAAUAAAAAAAAACUAACCUUGCCCCUCCAUUUCAAAGAAAUCUGAGCAAUAUACAGGUAAUAAUCCCUAUUUCUGCAACAAACAUUUAAUUUGAAUCAGAUGACCAAAGGAAUAACACAUUGUCAGUGGGGAAAAAGCCAACAUAUUUUAUUGCAGGAGUACAAUAACAUUUCUGUGACACAUGGUGAUGUUACCAGCACUGUUCUCAUAAAGUAUGGAAGAUGUUUAUCAGGGUUUCAGGAUUUCAUUCAUGCAGACCCAAAAAGUACACACUUUGCAUGUGUGUGUGUUCAUCACCAGAACGUACAGUUGAUGAUAUGCCCAGUUCCAUUGAAACAACACAUUUUACUCAAAGAAUUAAUGGGAAUAACUGUGUGAUCUGGAAACAGUAAUAAUCAAACUCAUAAUCAAACUUUUAAGUACAUGCAAAAAGUGCCCUGGAAAAAUGGGAAUUACUAAGGACCCUGGAGUUCUUGGCCUAGUAGAUCUCCAGGAUGAGGUUCAGUACAAGGAAUGUGUUGCCAUAGAUCAGCCCAAGUUUGUGACCAUUAAAGAUAGUGACACUGACUUCUUGGAGAAACAUGCCAGUAUUGUGGAACUGCCAUCAUUUCACAGCCAAGGCUCUAUUCAGUUACCUGACAUCCGUAAAAGAGAAUCUAACUGCUUUUCCGAGAACUGUUCUUUCAUGGUCCAAGAUGAGGUCCAAAGCUUCUAUUAGUCAAAUUCCCAAGCAACGCUGCAUCUGUUUGUGGUGUAUUACCACUCAGAAGAGGGUAGCUUUGGAAAUCUACUUUUCUGCAUCAUCAGUGAUUCUCUAGAUCAUUCAAAAUAAGCGAUGUACUUCUUCCAAUCCAAACUCCUCCCCCAUGUGAAGAAAAUGCAUUACUCCAGUGAUGGUUGUGCUACCCAAUACAAAAAACAGUUUAAUUUCACAAAUCUCUGCCACCAUAAACUGCACUUCAGCUGCUGAUUGGAAUGUUGUUUGCAAGUUUACAUUGCAAAGGCCCAUGGGAUGGUAAUGGGGGAACAGUCCCAGUGAUGGCCAGAUUUUAACCCCAGAAGACAUGUAUUAAUUCUGCAAGACUGCAUUCAAUAGCAUAACCUUCAUCGUUGUAUUCAGAAAAUAAAUCAUGGCUAUUGCUGAACACCUAAAGCAAAGUUUCAAGUCUGCAUUGAUCAUAAAGGGCAGUAAGAGCCUGCAUAAGUUCAUCCGUGUUCCCAGACUUUUCCAUCUCCAAUAGUGCACCACAAACUGUAUCUUCUGAGAUGAACCCAAAGCUGAAGAAGAAGAGACAUAUAGGAGAGGACAUUUUGUUAUUGUCAUCUAUGUUGAUGCAUAUUGGAUAAUGAUUGAAAAUGUCAUUGAGGAAUUAGAGACUUCUGUAUGCAGUUCAUGCACCCUGGUGGGAAAUCACAGCAGUAUCACUAGCCAGAUGGACCAACAUUCUUUGCAGUGUUGAAGGCCCUAGUCUCUUACUUCAUCUUCCUCAAGAGGCUACGAGU